UAUUGGAAGCUCUGCAGCAUGUUGGAGAGAUUAUCGAAAUAUUUGGAAAAUCCGAACCAUCCGUUACUAGGACCCACGCUUUAUGGCCUCAAGUGUUGGGGCAUGUGGCAACCGCUUGGAGUUAACAGAAUCAUUUACAAUGCUAUACAUUUUUUCGCCAUUUUAUUCGUCAUCAGUCAGUAUGUUGAGCUCUGGUUCAUAAGAUCCAAUAUGGAAUUGGCCAUCCGGAAUCUUUCAGUCACCAUGCUCAGUACGGUCUGUGUCAUCAAAGCCGGCACAUUUGUGUUUUGGCAAAAGUCCUGGAAUGACGUCAUUGACUACGUAUCUGGGUUGGAAAAUAUCCAACUCUCGAAAAGAGACCGUAUCACUAAUUCAGUUAUAUCAGAGUAUACCAAAUAUUCGAGAAGUAUUACUUAUUCUUAUUGGGUUUUAGUUACUGCAACUGUCUUUACUGUUAUCCUGGCGCCUUUGGUCGGAUUUUUGUCGUCAUCAGAUAAAGAUUUGAUGUUGAACGGUACAUUGGCUUACCCGGAAAUAAUGAGUUCAUGGUUACCUUUCAACAGAUCUAGAGGCUUUGGCUAUUGGGUAGCAGCGAUAGAGCACUCUUUGAUCUGUUUCUACGGCGGUGGAGUUGUUGCCAAUUACGACUCUAACGCGAUAGUCUUAAUGUCGUUUUUCGCCGGGCAACUAAAGCUUUUAUCUAUAAAUUGUGCUCGAUUAUUUAAUGAUAAUGAAGUGCUGAAGUACAGUGAUACCAUGAAGAGGAUUAAAGAUUGUCACCAUCAUCACGUCGAAAUUGUCAAAUUCUCAAUGGUUCUGAAUUCUUUGUUAUCGCCAGUUAUGUUUUUGUAUGUGAUCAUUUGCUCACUCAUGAUUUGCGCAAGCGCAAUACAAUUGACAGCGGAAGGCACGAGUAAUAUGCAGCGUAUUUGGAUUUCGGAAUAUCUCAUGGCUCUCAUAGCGCAGUUGUUUAUAUACUGUUGGCAUAGCAACGAGGUGCUUCACAUGAGCAGUAAAGUAGAUGAAGGAGUGUACGCCAGCCAUUGGUCUGCUCAGAAUGUAAGAGUUCGUCGCAGCGUGGUCCUCCUCGGCGGGCAACUGCGCAGGCCCAUCGUCUUCACAGCCGGACCCUUUACCAAGCUCACUAUAUCUACUUUUGUAGCUAUUCUGAAGGGAUCGUACAGUUAUUAUACGCUGCUAAGCAAGAAAGAAGAUUAAGAACUUGAAUUGAAGAUCAUUUGAAGUUGCUUCAUGUUAAAAAAUAAUUACCUAAAUA